AUGGGCAAAUUCCAGUCUAAACUUGCCUCGAAACGGAGACAGAACCCUGAAGGUGGUAGUUUGGUUUCCAAUGCACUGACCUGCCAAAGAGAGCUCCAGCGCAUCCACAAAACCCAACUGACAAAGAACUUGUACGUAGAAUUGAGGGCAAACAAGUCUGACUGUAACUGCAGCCUCAAGGUUGUUCUGCCAGCAAAGAAAACACCUGAUAGAGGGAAUAGCUUCCGCUUCCAGGUCAAUAAACGGAAGAAGAGGAGCAGCCAUGCUGGUGUCACAGAGUGUAACAUGGUGCCUGACAAGGAGAAUCAGCAGGAGUGGGUCUUCACACUGUACAACUUCGACAACAGUGGCAAGAUCAACAAAGAGGACAUGUCCAGUCUGAUACAGUCCAUGUAUGAGGCUCUAGAGGCAUCAGUCAAGCUGCCUUACGGUGGCACCACGCCCCUGAAGAUAAAGCUCAUUAUAACUCCCUCAGCUGACCCAGAGAAGAUCUCACAAAUUGCAGCAGAGAAGGAGCAGAGCACGUCUCAGGAGGCAGGAACCCCAGAAAGAAGAAUUUAUUGCGCAGAUGAAAACAUAGAGCGCAGAAACCACUACCUAGAUCUGGCUGGCAUUGAAAACUAUACCUCAAAGUUUGACAAUACAGAAUCUCCCUCUCAGGAGCCCAGUCAGGAGGCGCGCUCUGCUCUUAAGCACCACCCUGUGGUGAUCAGGGAGAACUGCAUCUCUCCUGAUUCUCCCAGAGGCCUUUCUGUGCCUCAUUCCCUGAAGAGCAAGGCUGCGUCAGUGGGGAGGGAGAGGAACACAGUAGAGGGAAAGUCCUGCAGGUUACACGGCCAACAUGCUGCCUCGUGGUGCCAUCCCUCUCAGCCUGCAGCACACGGCAUCCUGCAGCGUAGUCACAGCAAGAGGCUUCGCUCCAGGGUACAAGAUGCUGCCUCACACCUGAGACCCUCACAAGGGGGUGAUAAGGAACUAUCUUCCAACCUUCAGCCCUCCAGUGGCGCCCAGAGACACGAGCACCAUCACCACCACGAGCACCAUCACCAUCACCACCAUCACUACCACCCUUCAUAAAUGCAUUUUAAGCAC